AUAUACUGUGCUAUAACUGUCUCAUAUCUGAUAAUCAUGGCUGUAGCCUGGUUGACAUACUGUAUAUUAUCACACUGAACACUUGCAGUCACAUUCAGUUGAUCCGCUCACACACCAAAUCCAAGCAGAGACUGAACUUAAAACUUUUAAUUUGUAUUAUAAUGUUUCUGACGCUAACUAAUGUAAUGUUGACCAGUUACUGUGGUCUCAGAAUUGUGACUUUUUUUGCUCAGUAUCAUCUUAGAACCUGUACGGAGUUGAUAAAACAGAAAACAGUUUGGGCAUUUUGCCAUCAACAAUCAUGGCGGUUUAGCGUUGCAAACGAAGGUCAGAUUCAUUUUAGCUUCUGAUUGGACCAAAAACUAAGUCCCGCCCUUCUACUGCUACACGUGGCCGCUCGUUACUCUGACUGCGCCUCUUGUCUGUCACUCAACCCAGCCUCCGCCAAUCAUACUCUUUUGUCCUUUUGACUCGGGACGCUCGCAUUCGCCGGCAGCUAAUGCUUCAAAAAUCCAAGAUGUCGACUACGUCUAUGUUCCCCAUGUGUAUGCGAGCGAGCCGGGGCCUCCUGCGGCUUAGCAGCGGGAUGACGGGUGUCGCUUCGCCGGCCGCGGUCGACAGUCUCGUGCGGACAAUGUCCUCGGACAAACAGCCGACUGGAGGGGGCAGCGCAACGGGCGGACUGGCUCAGGCUAUUCUACAGGAGAGACUCCAACAGCAGCAGAGCCAGGGUCAGUCUCCUCCAGAGGGAAAGGAGGGCCAAAAGGGUGAAGAACAGACAGAGGACAAGAAGCAGAAGGAAAACACUGCCUAUGCAAAGAAGAUGGUGCUACGAUUAGCGGGACUCAUGGGCCUGGGUGGGGCGGUCAGCCUCGUCUACAUAUUUGGCACGAACUCGGUGGACGAACAGGGAAACAUGAUUCCAGAUGAGUUCGACAGAGAACCUCCAGUUGUCCAGCAGCUGAAAAGAACAUACAAGUACUUUCAGGACUACAGACAGAUGAUCAUUGAGCCAACGAGCCCGAAACUGCUGCCCGACCCGCUGAAAGAGCCGUAUUACCAACCUCCUUACACUCUGGUGCUAGAGCUCACCGACGUCCUGCUGCACCCGGAGUGGUCGUUGUCGACAGGUUGGCGGUUUAAAAAACGCCCGGGCAUUGACUACCUGUUCCAGCAGCUGGCGCCUCUUUACGAGAUUGUCAUCUUUACUGCAGAGACCGGCAUGACGGCAUUCCCUCUGAUUGACAGCAUCGAUCCUCAGGGUUUCGUCAUGUAUCGUCUCUUCAGAGAUGCAACACGUUACAUGGAGGGACAUCAUGUCAAGGACGUUUCUUGUCUGAACCGUGACACCAGUAAGGUGAUCGUGGUCGACUGUAAGCGGGAGGCGUUCAGCCUGCAGCCCUUCAAUGGAAUGGCCCUGAAGAAAUGGGACGGGAACUCGGAGGACAGGACGCUCUACGACCUUGCCAACUUCCUCAAGGCCAUCGCUCUGGGCGGUGUUGAUGACGUUCGGUUGGUGCUGGAGAACUACGCUCUUGAGGACGACCCCAUCGAGGCCUUCAAACGCAGACAGGCUCAGCUAGCACAGGAGGAGGAGCAGCGAUUGUCUGAGUCCUCCCUGCAGAAGAAACAGGGACUUUCAUUCGGUUCCAUCGCCUCACGGUUCUGGCGCUCCAAACAGCAGUGAGCCCCGCCCCCCCCCUCACACUCCCACCUAUCACAGCCCAGCUCUCCGCCACUGUCCAGGGGAGGGAGAGGCCGGAGGAGAGGGGGGCGUGGUGGGCCUGCGGACUGUAGCUGGAGCCGUCUACACCGUCGCAAGCAACUAGUCAUGUCAGAGUGGGCGGGGCCUGCAGUGCUGGAGCGGAGCGAGGGCGUUGGCCGUCAUGUCCACCAAUAAGAGAGGCAGACUUUUUUUUUUUAUUUAUUUCUAAUUUUCCUAUUUCUCUGAGGCGGGCGUCGGUGGCCCCUCCCAUGGUCACACUGGUAUCUGCUACUGUUUGGUGGUCAGAUGGAAAACUCUGAAGGCAGAUCUUAGACCAGCAGUAUGGCGGUCACACCGGCUGUGAUCAGCGGCGCCGCUCACAGGAUCUGACCCGAGAUCAGCUACACUCUGUCCCAUGCCACGCCUCCAGAACAUAUAUUUAAUUUCUCUUCCACUUUGUGUUGCUGCUGCAGAGGAAUGUUUCUAAAAAAAAAAUAAAAAAAGAAUAAACUCUACAUAGUAUAAGAUUCAUUCAGUGUGUUCAAACGCCCACAACGUGUCGGGACGGCUGGUGGUGGCAGCGUGAACGUGUCGGGGCUCGUUUGACAUGGACAUUUACAACUGAACAGUGGCUGAGCCCAUGUGGGACAAGAAUGAAGUAAACAUUCAGGUAAUCGGAUACGGUGUGGUGGUGGUCUAAAUUUUAAAGAUCUGACACACUUUUGUGGCUCUGAACAUCAUUGGUUCCUGCUGAAAAUGUAAAUCUGUCAAAAGUGGGAAGAGAAUAAAGAACCAGAAGGAGUUUGAAAAAAAAAAAAAAAAACUCUUUCUGUUCUUCCACACUGAGUUUCGGCUAUUUAUCCACACGGACCCAGCGUUUUCAGAGCCCUGAAUCACUAUUUUUGAAAGAAAAUCUCAAAAUGCCAGCCUUGCGGUUUCAUUACAACGUAAUCCUGCAGUUUUCAAAUUAAAAUUCCCAGUUUGCAUUUAUCUGUGCCAAAACACAGCCUCACAUUUUUCUAGAUAAAAGUCUCAGUUUUUGUUUGUCCCUGUGGGAGCACAAGUCUGGAUUUUUUCUAAAUAAAAUGGGACCAGCACCAUUUCCUGUCAACUGUUUUAGAGGCUGCAAAACUCUGGAGUCGUGUGGACGACGAGCAUCGUGGUUUGUUUAAAAAUGAGCGUGUAAGUGUGGAGUGGGCUCACUAAAUGUUUACCAUUUGAUAAUAAUAAUAAUAGCCUGAGUGUGAUGUCGCUGGUCUUGUCGUCUUUGCUGUUGUCUCUGUCUCUCUGUUGCUCAGAGCCGUCCAGCAUCCAAAUGGACAGAUGUGACUGUGAGGACGUUCUGAGCACAGAAACCCAUGGGCUCAGCUGCUGUUCUGUUCUGGCGUUGAUGUGAACUUGCCAUCGACAUACUCAAUAAAGAAAUAAAGAAAAACUCA